CAAUAGCAAACAAAGCAAGAAUCGAACGAGCCGACAAUGGACGAGUAUUUCUGACCGGUCAUUAUCAGCUAGUCUUGACGACCAAGUGAUUAAACAAUUUGGAAUCUGUGCAACGCAGUCAUGAAAAUCAAUACACACAUUAUAUGUGUGGUGAGCCGUUAUUAUAUCAUAAAAGUGAGUUUGAGCUGUGGCGUGCGACGGUAUUAUCAACGACGAAAUAAGAAAAUUAAGUAUGGAUAAUGUUACAUAUGAUGAGAUGGAGAGUAAAACUGCAUCCUUGGCUGCCGACACGCUUAAAAUGCCAUCGUGGUUGUUGGAGAUGACUGACAAUAUAGAAAAGAUUAAUAUAAAUGAUACCAAAUCGCUGCAAAUGGAAACAUUUUUAAUUGAUGAGCAGCAUCGUUUCACCAACAAAAGGGAGGAGAACGAUACAAUAAAUGAACCUAGCGUAAGCUUGAAUGAUUUUUAUACCAAUACUAACAUUAAAAACUACAAAUUACAAACACCUACAAGCAAAUCACUGCCGAAUACACCAAAGAGCGAACAAGUUAAGCGGAAAAGAACGCGUGUUUGUUCUGCCGUUGUGAAUACGAAACAUCGAACAAGGGAUGAUUUUCAUGGAUUGGAUGCAUAUUUGGAGAGAAAACAGAUGGAGAAGCGCUGCGUGUACUUGCCAUCUGAAAACGAUAACAACGCAAAGACUUGUGAUGAGGAGCAUUCUUUUGAAUAUCGAAUACUAAAUGUUCCGAAUUGUGCGGAUACACGAUUACACUUGUUGGAUGACGCUUAUACUCCUAACCGUUCCAGCUUUAUCACACAGAACGAAGAAACGCCAAAAUUAUUAUCUGAUAAACUUUACAAAAAUUUUAUUAUUCCCGAACUACCGUCCGGGAACUCUUUGGUCAUUGAUAUUCUCUCUACUUGGGGUGACAAACAUUACGUAGGCCUCAAUGGUAUUGAAAUCUUUUCAAACACCGGAGAACCAGCCAAAAUAAAAGAAAUACGUGCACAUACGACAAGCGUUAAUCAGAAUAACGAUCAUAAUGAUCCUUAUGUUAUAAAUAAUUUAAUUAAUGGCAUUAAUCGAACGAGAGACGAUGCAAAUUUAUGGCUGACACCUUAUUCAAAUGGUGACCAUCAUUAUGUUUACAUGAUAUUUGAAUUCACGAUUACAAUAGCAAUGAUCAGGAUAUGGAAUUACAAUAAAUCCAGAAUACAUUCCUUUAGAGGUGCCAAAGAUAUUAUUAUCAAGUUGAACGAUAUCAUUAUCUUUUACGGAGAAAUUGCUAAAGCUUCGGGGGAUGAUAUGGGUAGCCUCGAUUCUUUUGGAGAUACUAUAUUAUUUACGACGGACGAAAAUAUUCUGGAAUUGAUAUCAAAACAUGAUAAUACCUUCAUAGAAUUCAAUAAUGAGGCGUCAGAUUAUGAAGAGAAGGAAAUAAUUCGCCCGAUAACGGCAACAACAACCAAUGAUAUUAUUUCAGCGAGAUGUAAAAGUAACGAGAAUCCUAUCGACAUUUCUCCAAACUUGUAUAUCAAUAAGAAAAUUCACGAUACCACUCUCUCUUGCAGAGAGAUUCAGUUAAUUAUCCUUUCCAACUGGGGUUUACAACAUUUAGUUGGGCUUACUAGUAUAGAAUUAAUCGGGAAUCAAGGUACAGCAGUCCCGUUAAUAGACGCCAAUCUGCACUGUAACGCAACCGAUACAGUGCAUUUAACGAGACUGAUCGACGGGCACAAUGUUACUACCGAAAUGGAUUACAUGUGGCUAGCGGAUAAUGUAACGUUAAAUAAGAGGAUUACGAUAACAAUUACUUUCGAUACGGAUGUGCUCCUAACGGGAAUGCGGAUUUGGAAUUACAAUGCAUCCUUGGAAUUGUCUUAUUGCGGAGUAAAGCAGUUGCUAAUUAAAUUAGACGGUAAACAGUUACACGACGAAUAUUCCGAUGGCUUCCUGUUAAGACGGGCGCCGGGAUCUUGCCAUUAUGAUUUUGUUCAAGAAAUUAAUUUUCUUAAUCCACCUACUCAACAUUUUUCGGAUCACAUCUCCGAUUCAAUUAAAUCGCCUGAAGAGGUCGAGUCUUUUGAUUCCAACUAUGAAGCUCCGUCGAUGCCACGAGGUUUCGUUUAUCAAAUAAUCAUUUUCUCUACGUGGGGAGACUCUUACUACGUAGGCCUCAAUGGGAUACAGAUGUAUGAUAAUUAUGGAAACGAAAUCGAGUUAACUGCAGAGAAUGUAGCCGCAUUUCCCGAGAGCGUCAACAUAAUAGAAGGAAUAGAUAAUGACAUUCGUACACCGGACAAACUUAUCGACGGGAUAAAUGAUACUCGAGACGGACGGCAUGCCUGGCUGGCUCCUAUACUCCCUGGACAAACAAAUCGCGUCUAUUUAAUAUUUUAUCAUCCCAUUAUGGUAUCAAUGAUAAAAAUCUGGAAUUAUGGAAAAACCCCACAAAGGAGAGUUAAAGAAUUUGCAAUACUAGUAGACGAUUUGCUAGUUUAUAAUGGAACGUUGGAUAAACGCAAUUCAUACGGAUUAGUAAUGUUUGUUAAGGAAAGUAGUAAUGAGAAUCUGGUGAAUCGCUCGGAGCAAGAGAGUCGCCUUUUAAAUCUACAAAGAAAUACUUCGGGUACUAAUUCGUUACCAGAUCCAUCCCUUCGUCCGCAUACAUCUUUACAAUUUAAAUAAUCGUACAACGCUAUACAAAUACAGAUCAACACAUACUAAAAUUAUACAUAUAUUUUUAUACUUACAUAGAGACUUAGUGUUCCGUAUAAUUAACGAGACAAUAGUAACAUACAUCAUAUGUGUAUAUUAAUAUUCAUAGAUUAUCGUACGUUUUCAUCACCUUAAUAAUCAUCUCAUACAAAUAUUAGAUUUACAAAUGUUGCUAAUCUUGGAUCUUGUAAAAAUAAUAAAAAUUAUUGCAAUGUAAAGAUUA